AUGGAUGGCUGCAACGGGCAACAGGCUGUUACGACCCCACUUGAUAAGGCCCAAUCUCCAAAAGUUCAAGAUCAGAAAUUAGCAAUAAAACAGCAAGAAACUAGCCAGAAACCUGUGGCAUCUCAAGCAUGGAUGGAGUGGCUUAUGAAAAAGCGAAAAGCUUUUGAUCAACGGGGUGAUAUGGCAAUUGCUGCUUGGGCUGAACAGCAGCAACGUGAGAUGAAUCUCCGUGCACGCCGGCUCUCUCGUUCAAAGAUUGAUCCAGAGAAGGAGGAGAAGAGAAGGACUGGAUCAAUCUGA